AUGAAAUUAUCACCAGCGGUUACCCCUCGUACCAGCCUACGUUUCGUGGCUGUGUCAGUGAUGUUCUGUGCUAUUCUGGUUGACAUUUUUGCACGUGAAGAAAAACUGGCGCGAAAACCGCGAGAAGAAGAUCGCGUAUCUGAAGGCACUGAAGUUGGUGGAAAACAAUCGCAGUUGCACCGUGAUCGAAGAACGGUGAGAAAUAACGCGACCCCCAACCUGUCGGAAUUUGCAAACCGGCUGAAAGAUCUUGAAGAAAGGUAUAAUCUUAACUCGGCGAUUCGCUAUGAAUCUCGCUUUUCUAUCACGUGGGCAAUGUUAAAUGUUGGUUACGUGUCACUAUUCUAAAUUCAAACUGCUAAGAAAAUGGUGAAUUUACUAAUAUCAUUUCUCUUUUUAAGCCACAACAAGAGCGUACAUUUGAUGAUCAGACGAUUUCAAGAGUUGGAGAAAAGGUUUGAGAAAUAAAAUUAAAUGCAUCAUUACCGUGUAAUUGCUUUUUAAAUGCUAACAAGUACUUCCGAAGUUCUUACCCCUAAGGAUUGCAUAGGAAACCCGUUCGAUUUCUUGUCUAGCUAAGUAUGUUAUUUCACCUAUUUCCAACUUGAUGUAGAAAAGGGGAAAUACCGAGAAAGCCUCUGUUAUCCAGGCCGGACACGUAUUAUACAUGGACGGCACUGGUGGAUGUGCAGUGGAAGACUUGUGUGGGAACUGAGUUUCAUCCAAAAUCCGCUUAACAUCGUUCAGUGUAGUGACCAGGGUUAUUGUUGAUUAUCUUUUAUCUUUUAGCUAUAAACUGACUUGGUUACAGACUUAAUUCACAUCAUCGACGCAAUUAUUUCCUAGAGCAAAAGAAGCUUAAUAAACAGCUGUAAAAAGCAAUCAAUAAAAGAACACAAUGUUUAACACAGGGGCACCCAACGGCUGUUUUCUGUAAAAUAUCUGUUUGGAGAAGCAUAUAUUGCCUCAAAUUUUCUAUUUCUCGAGGAGGGCUAAAAAUUUCUAGAUAACCAUUCCACUCACGUACAAUUUUCGAAGCUUAUCUUAUAAAUUACCUACGAUUUUCUAAGGUUUAACUUUUCACAUUUCACUCCUCAGGUUAGGCUAUUUUUCGUAGAAAAAAAAGAAACCUAAAAUUUUGGGAUUCAAAAAUGUGAUGGAGAGCCUGAGAGGAAUCAGAAAAAUUAUCACUUUCGUAAUACGUUUAACUGCAUCUACAAUUUUCGGGAAAGUAAUACAUAACUGAGCCCAUGUAAUUUCGGAAACUCUCAAGUUGCCCUAGAAUGACCGAACAGAUACAAACUUUAUCGCCGCUUAAAUCGCAUUCCUAGAGAUUUAAAAGUUCUCUGGAUAGCCUAAAAAGUGUUUUCAAUGCAUUUAGGAGGAAACCGUCGUUGAGUGCCCCAAUUAAUAGAUUUCUUACAGUUAAAAUCAAGCCUAAUUAAGCCUCAACUGGUAGUUGAACUUUACUUGGGAUUUAAGGCUAUUUUCACACUAUACUGAUCUAUACUGGAAAGCUUUUCGUGUCGACACGAAAAGCUGUUGGGUUCACACACGCAUCGAAGGGGUUGGCCGAGGGGGUUAGGUGGACUAAAUCCCAGUCUUCACUUCUCACUCCCUAAAUAUUUACUUCCGUCUCAGUAGAUUCCAGUCCUCGCUCCUACAUUUUUACUCCCGCAAAGGUUCACUGUACAAAGUCUGGCACGAAGUGGCACAUGAUCUAUCUGAUAUGUUACGCUCCACAUAAAACACUGUCUCUGAGAUUUUUUAUGGUUGAUCUUUUUUUCAGACUUGAUGGCUUACUGCGAUUAUCGCCUCGACCAGCAGGGGAAUCCUACGGGUCACUUUUGAGCUACCUUCUUGGUAAAAUACGAUAUUAAAUCCAUCAAUAUAGGCAAAAUGAUGUCAGGUCCAUUUGGUUGGUUAAUGUGCUGUGAUUUAUGGGUGAUUUCACCGAUGUGUUUCUAUUUCAGGUCAGCAUAUGCAAAACCCUGGAAAGGGACGAGUUGGACCACCCGGCCCUCCAGGGAAACAAGGGCCAGCUGGACCAAAAGGAUCAAAAGGUAAAAAGGGUAAACGACAAAGAUGGAGGAUAUCGGGGGAAAAUGAAAAUUGUAUAACGCCAACUGUGAACGCAGUGGAGAAAGCAAAUGAAACUCGUUUUGUAAUUUCAGUUUUUAUGUUCCAGCAAUUAGAAGUUAGCCGGCAGUAAAGAAGAAGUGCGGUUAUCGAUGUUAAAUUAGGGUCUCAGUUAUUUUCUGACCAAGUAUUUUUUUUUUGCGGUUCUUGCAGUUUAUGAUCAUGGAGUGUAUCAACUGCAAGCCGGCCAAUUUGCAACUGCUACACGCGUGAAAGCAAAUGUGGAUUGUAAGAAGUCCAUAGGAGAAAAAAGCACUUUAAUGGAUUCCGCCUUUUAAGCACUAAAAUUAGUAAAAAAGCUGGCAUCGAGCGCUUUGACUCAUUUUAUACUCUGCAGGGGAACAAGGAAAACCAGGUACCAACAAAACAUUCCCAGGCGCUCCUGGUCCUAAAGGAGACCAGGGAGCAGUUGGGAAGACUGGAGCGCAGGGACCACAGGGUGCCAAAGGAGAAAAAGGACAGGAUGGAGUUGGGACAUCAGGAGUGAAGUACGUUCGCUGGGGAAGGACCACAUGUCCUAGUGGUGCACAGAUAGUUUAUAAAGGUAAGCGAAAAGGAGCUUAGUAUGAUAGUUACUAUUACUCCUAUGGUCCUAAAGACAGAAAGAGUGAUAACCUGAAGAUUUUUAUGCCACAUACACUUACUAAUCAUUAUUUAAAAGUGACAACUAUGAAAUGUUUCCAAGCUUGUUACCUUUACUGGUUAAUAACCCGGGCACGUCUUUAAGUUAUCUCUUUGUUGCAUCUUUCCUGCAUAUUAACUGUUGAGUAACUGGUUCGUGCCUGUUCAUGCAUAAGACAGAGUAAAAUCUGGGUAUGAGUUAACGCCUCUUGUUUCAGUUUCCUAACAAUGCGCGCUCUCACGGCAUUGGUUACGUUGAGGUCACAUCAAGAUGUAUCGAGCCGCAUCGAUCAGACCCUUGAACAGUGAAUUAUCACCCACGAAGCAUAAAUGAUUGCCGCUUGCUGAAAUUUGGUUUCAUAAAUUUGUACAAGUAGGCUUUUCUUUGUUUUAGUGAUCAAUAUAAAUAGACAAGGAAAUGGCAAAAAAAAGGAUAGUGUAAUUCUAGAGUAUUGUAUUAAAUUUUUGCCUCAAAAUGUUACAGCCAUUUGUGGUUCGUGGUCUUGGUGUUUUUUAAAAGCAAUCUGAUUAGUUCGCUAUCUUAAUAUUCACCUCUUAGCGAUAUUGCGUGAGCUAGAUGUUUUGCCAAUUUUUUGAGUAAGAACUAGUCAACAGAAUUCUAUGGUUGAUGUUUUUGAAGAUAGGAAAAGAUUUCAAAAUAUUUUAACUGCGUUUUCCGACUUACUUUUAUAGCAGAAUGUUUUUCGUUUGCAACAACAGUUUACUCAAGUAGAAGAUGCCAUUUUGUUAACUCAGCAUUUCCUUACAAGAGGAAUUCAGUUGCCUAGAAAUCAAAGUUAAUUUAUGAUAAAACAAAAUAAAAGCAAAUGUUUACGAAAAUUCUUCAUUUCUAAUAACCAGGACAGAGAAAAGACGCCUUUCCUCCCUCAACCGGUAGCCGCCCUUUCAUGCACUUGCGAAGAGCAGAAGGGGAAAGAUUUUAAUUAACUUGGCGAGUUGACAGAAUUUCAAAGAGUAAUUGUUGAUAAAUUUUUUUUGCCUUGUAUCAGGUAUAAUGGGUGGAGAGCAUUACAAUCACCCUGGUGGUGGAGCGAACUACCUUUGCCUUCCACACAAUCCAAAAUAUAACAAGUACACAAAUGGCCAUCAGAACUCUGGAUACAUGUACGGUACUGAAUAUGAAGUGAGUAAGUACAGCGGUAACCCUUUUAAGAGAAAUCUCCAUGAUCAUGAAGCACCAUGUGUUAUCUGCUUCGUCAAGUCACGUGGCUCGAUGCUGAUGAUGCCUGCCAGAAAUGACUGUCCAUCUGGAUGGACCGAGGAGUAUCAUGGGUACCUGAUGACAGAACAUUAUGGCCACAAGCAUUCACGUGAUUUCAUCUGUGUUGACAAGGAUCCAGAGUUUGUUCCUGGUAGCAAUGCAGACAAGAAUGGUGCUUUGCUGUACCCUGUGGAAGGUGUUUGUGGCUCACUCCCAUGUCUUCCUUAUGUCAGCGGUAGAGAGUUAACAUGCGCUGUGUGCACCAAGUGA